GGAAAAAUGGCCCCCAGAGCUUGUCGAUUGUGCUGUGAAGCAGUAAAAUGGGCGCCUGUAAUAUUCAUCACAGCAAUAGUUGCAUGGUCCUAUUACGCUUAUGUCGUACAGAUGUGUAUACUGACAGCUGACACGAUAUUCGAAAAAGUGAUAUUUCUGUUACUCUACCACCCGAUCCUGUUCCUGUUCAUGUGGUCCUAUUGGCAGACCAUAUUUGCCAAACCGCGAGGUCCUCCCAAAGAGUUUUACCUGAGCCAGGCGGAGUGGCAGCGGCUAGAGUCUGAGAGAAAUGAGAACAGUCAGAAGGAACAGCUGGACAACUUUGCCAGGAAGCUGCCCAUCCAGAACCGAACUGUGGCAGGAUUCCCACGAUACUGCGAAAAAUGCAAAUGUGUGAAGCCCGACAGAUGUCAUCACUGUUCCGUCUGCUCCACAUGUAUCCAGAAGAUGGACCAUCACUGUCCUUGUCGCGGGGACGGAGUGUCGUUUGCCUCACGUCUGCAGCCCACCAUCAGCUAUAACACAAUGGGCAGUACUCCCAGUCAAGGCGCUCAGCCCGCAAGUCUGGGUGACGGGGUGACGUACCCGACUCGCACCGUGGACCUGGACUGUGACGGUCUGCUGGGACAGAGGCAGCGCUGGAUGGAGGAGGGGGACAAUGGACUCUCACAGUGAAGUGUGUGUGUGUGUGAACUGUGUGUGUGGUGCGGGGAACAAGGGCCAAUGUUCUCCAUGGCCAGACGUCAUCUCAUCAUCACCGAGAACGUUGGACGUGGACAGCUGGGAGGGUUGGAAGCUGGGAGUUUUGUUUGGUGGACUUCUCUCUCGAAUGUUUUCCCGAACCCCUCUUGUCUGAUGGAGUUAUUUCUGUAUAUGUGAUCCUUUAAGACAAAAAACACUGGACACCAAUGACGACUGGAAAACAACAGAUUUUAGUGGAUUUAAUGGCCUUGAAUUAUAAUGCUUUUGGGUCUAUUAUUUGUAAAUUAGUCGGUUCCUUGUUAGCCCAGAUUAGAAAGGGUUUUCCCUUUCCUGGUGAAUUGCAGCCAUCUCGAUUGUUCCUAGUUUUUUGUGGUUCCCCCACCACGAUGCCAAGAUUAGAUUUGGUUCCAUGGGCUUCUUAACAUUUCUGUGUGGCAUAGAUGAAGUUUGGGAAGAUUUCUACAGUAUAACACCACAACUGUUGGUUACUAUAAGGGCGUAGCUGUUAGCUUUGUCAAAAAAGUCCUGGAUCAUCUGUUUUGUUUGGGGAGUUUUUUUGGUGUGAGUUCAUAUCAGUGAGGUUGUUUAUAUAUAGGCCUAUUGCCUGUGUGGGAACUUGUGUGUGUGUCAGAUUUAUCUAUAUAUAUGUCUGUUUGUCUGUCUUUCAAAUGUCAUAUGUCUGAGCAUCCUGUGUACAGGGGCUGAUCGCUCUUAUGAAGUGGGAAAUUGCUGAACAUUGAAGUUGUUUUUUUUCCUCGUUUUUUGGCAAAAGAGUACACACAUCCACAUGUUGUGCCCCUGUGGUCUGGUGUGGGUGUGUAUGUGUGUGUGUCUGUGUGUGUGGGGGACAGGGAGAAGGGUUCGGGGAAGCGCUGGGACUCGCUUGCUGGGAAUUUUAUGAUGUAUAUAUAUAUUUCGCAGUACAGUGAAGAGAACAUUUUUACUGUGUGUGUGGGUGCGUGUCUGAGUGUAUGUGUGUGUGGGUGUGUGUGAGUGCGUGAGUGUGAGAGAGACACCACAUUUUUAAGAGUGGAGUUGACGUUCAUUGUUAGGAACCAAGAUGCUAUGAUGAUGCGUAUCUCAAUGAACUUCUCAUUCUGUGGCCAUGCUCGACUCUGUAUUUUCCAGCAGGUCGUUCAGUUUUGUGACGGCUGCUUUUUGAUAGAUUUAUUUAUACUUGUACUAGUGCAUGUUCUGAUUUGUAUCAUUACUGUGCUUGGUUGAUGAGACGCUGAGCUGAUCUUGUGGGAGGCCGCAACAUGAACCCUUGUGCUGUCUCUAGUGGCAGACUUUCACUAUCAGUUUGGUCUAGUUUGUCCAAUUGACCGCGCUGGACAUCUGGUGUCCAACUGACCACACUGGACGUCUGGUGUCCAACUGACCACACUGGACGUCUGGUGUUCAAUUGACCGCGCUGGACGUCUGGUGUCCAAUUGACCGCGCUGGACGUCUGGUGUCCAAUUGACCGCGCUGGACGUCUGGUGUCCAAUGGACCGCGCUGGACGUCUGGUGUCCAACUGACCGCGCUGGACGUCUGGUGUCCAAUUGGCCGCGCUGGACAUCUGGUGUCCGACCACGCUGGACGUCUGGUUGGAUGUUUUCCCUGACCCGCGUGGCUGCUCAACAUUUGUACACAAAAAAGUGGUGGGAUUUCGGGGUUUUCCAGGAUAUGACUUCCCCUUCCCGUAAUUUUGUUUCUUGUUUUUCGAGUGACAAAAGUUUGUGUUGCAGAUGUAGCGGUAGUCCUUCCACAACACAUUCGCUUCUAUUGCUGUAGAUUAUGUGUUGUGGAAAAACAAACUUUUUUCCUUUUUUUGUUUUGUUUUUUGCUUAAGUUGAAGCUGGGUUAGGGUUAGGGUUAGGUUUAGGGUUAGGGUUAGGUUUAGGGUUAUAUUGAGAACAUUUGGGCCUUGUAGACCCCAGAUAUUGUGUCCUGAGGCUGUGGGGAAUGUGCCUGUGAAAGUAGGUCACUGGAGACAGAAAUACUGUAGGAAGACGUACGCCAUAGAAAAUGUAAAGCAAUUUGAUAUUUUGGAUAUUUUUGAUAUUUUCACAGAAAGAACAUCAUCUGUUUAAAAUUGCGAGAGUUUAGAAAUAGUUGGGACAUGCAGAGAAGUACAAGCUGACUUAUUGACUUUUCUUGAUAGAUUGGAGGUUUGGGGAAGAAAAAUGGAGAUGGUUUUGGCGGAGUGUUGGACGUUGAUUGCCACGAGCUGAGAUGUUGACCUGUGGUAGACCUACCUCUGUACCCAGCUGCUCCGUCGAUGUUGACCAAUUUUGUCCUUGUUUGCACAUCUCCGAUAAAACGAAUGUUUUGCUGCAAGGAACUAUUUUCCCACAAAUGAAUCAUUUUGCACGUUUCGUUGCUUUCUGUUCAUAUCUCUUUUUCGUUGCUUUUUUUUUUUUCCGUGUUUAGAGAUGUGAAUGUAUUUUCUGUGCAAAGUUGCUGAUUAAUAUUAUUGUCUAUUGUUUCUACAAAGCCACUAGAAUCAAAAAUACAUGAUUUGGUUUGGGGUUUUUUUGUUUGUAUUGUUGAUUUCAUUUCACAGUUCAUGUGAAUUAUGUAUUUAUUGUUGGGGAUAAGUUUUGCAGUUAGAAUUCAUUUCCUAGCCUUUUGUCUUCAACCUGCCCUGUGGUUUCUUUUUUCUUCAUGUUCAUGUGUGCAAUCACCUGUGUACUCUGACUUGUCUCGAGGGGGUUAACUCUGGCGUAUAUGUCACGUAUAUGUCAUGCCGUGGUUAACUCUGGCGUAUAUGUCACGUAUAUGUCACGCCGUGGUUAACUCUGGCGUAUAUGUCACGCCGUGGUUAACUCUGGCGUAUAUGUCACGCCGUGGUUAACUCUGACGUGUGGUGGGACAUUGUGUUUUCAAAAAUUGAUGAUCAGUCUGAUCAGUUGUUCUGAAAGUGGUGUUAUUGAGGAGAAUGCUUUUGUAUAUAUGACAAAGGAAGAAAUGUAUAUAUAUAUAUGACAAAGGAAGAAAUGUAUAUAUAUAUAUGACAAAAGUGUAUUUGAGAGAUUUAUCUUGUUGCGUAAAGUGUUUGUGUAGAUGGUGGACUGUAGAAGAGCGAGAGCAGCAUGAGCUGUCGGCUUUGUGCCGGGGAGGGAUGGGCCCGGGGUGGGGGAAAGUUUCUCUCCAUGGAUUCCACUCGUGUUCCAAUGUGGUGCUCUGUCAAUGUUUUUGGAUCUUUUUAGGUUUUGUCUCUUCAACUUAGUGUCUUUGGUCCGACAACAGAUUUUUAAAAAUUGUUUCUUUCUCUCAAUCUGUCUUUCUCUUUCUCCUUUUUCUGAGAUAUUUGUCAACCUUGCUCUGUUGGAACUGACCAUUUGAACAGGAACCAUGGGGAGACAGGGUAGGUUUGAUGAUUUCAUCUUAUUUUGAAAAUUUGAGAAUAAAUGACUGUAUUGUGCUGUA